GGGAGGAAGUGGCGAAGUGACGUGGAGGGGCGGGAUGAAGUUUGGGACUUUGAGGGAUGGGAGGGAGGGGAGGGGGAGGCCAGGGUUCGUUAUUGAUCCGUAGGUUUGGGAGUGCUUUUCGCUGGUGUUUUGAGAGAGGAGUGUUUUGAGUGGCGAUUGCUGAGUGGAGCGGUUGCGGUGGCGUUGACGUUGGCGUUGUAAUGCGGUGUAUUUUUUUCUUACUCUUAGUUACUCUUACUCGAUACCUCUUCUGUUGCUUUUGCCCUAUAAGCUUAGUUUGUCUGCUCAUUGAUACCUCUUCCUCUGGCUAUUGCUUUAACUGCUUGUUUAGCUUUCCUUUUCUUUUCUUGCUUUUUGAUUGUUUGAUUGUUUGAGUGGUGGAGGAAUGGAGGUAUGGAGGGAUAGCUCGAGGUGGACUCGAGGCGGGCUCGAAGGCUGGCACAAAGGGCUGGUAUAAAGUAUACAUAUUCAAGCUGCGAAUUGUGAAGAGAGAGAGAGAGAGAGAGAGAGAGAG